AUGUCACUACAAUUGUUGAAUCCAAAGGCAGAAUCUCUAAGAAGAGAUGCCGCUUUGAAAGUGAACGUCACAUCCGCAGAGGGUCUUCAAUCCGUUCUUGAGACUAAUCUAGGUCCAAAGGGGACUCUAAAGAUGCUUGUUGAUGGUGCUGGGAAUAUUAAGUUAACUAAGGAUGGGAAAGUGUUACUUACUGAAAUGCAAAUCCAAUCACCAACUGCAGUAUUAAUUGCUCGUGCCGCUGCAGCACAGGAUGAAAUCACCGGUGAUGGGACCACCACCGUGGUUUGUCUGGUCGGUGAAUUGUUGAGACAAGCUUAUCGUUUCAUUCAAGAAGGUGUGCAUCCCAGAAUCAUUACUGAUGGGUUUGAAAUUGCUAGAAAGGAAUCUUUGAAUUUCUUGGAUGAUUUUAAAAUUGCCAGAGAAGGAGAUGUGGAUAGAGAAUUCUUAUUACAAGUGGCUAGAUCUUCAUUAUCCACUAAAGUGAAUCCAGAACUGACUGAAGUGCUAAGUCCUAUUGUUACCGAUGCCGUGUUGAAUGUGUCUCAUAAUAAUGCCCAAAAUGCGAUGGAUCUUCAUAUGAUAGAAAUUAUGCAAAUGCAACAUUUAUCUCCUAAGGAUACUAAGUUCGUAAGAGGUCUGGUAUUAGAUCAUGGUGGUAGACAUCCAGAUAUGCCAACGAGAGUGGAAAAUGCACAUGUAUUAAUCUUAAAUGUUUCCUUAGAAUAUGAAAAGACCGAAGUUAACUCUGGGUUCUUUUACAGUUCAGCUGACCAAAGAGACAAAUUAGCUGCCAGCGAAAGAAAGUUUGUGGAUGAAAAAUUAAAGAAGAUUAUCGAUUUGAAAAACGAAGUUUGCGGACUGGAUUCAACCAAUGGGUUUGUCAUUGUCAAUCAAAAGGGUAUUGAUCCAAUGUCAUUAGAUAUUUUAGCUAAACAUAAUAUCUUAGCACUAAGGAGAGCAAAGAGACGUAAUAUGGAAAGAUUACAAUUGGUUACUGGAGGUGAAGCCCAAAAUUCCGUAGAUGAUUUAUCACCAUCUAUAUUAGGUUACUCAGGUUUAGUGUAUCAAGAAACCAUUGGUGAAGAGAAAUUUACUUAUGUUACCGAAAAUAAAGAUCCUAAAUCAUGUACUAUCCUAAUCAAGGGUUCCACCCACUAUGCGUUAAGUCAAACAAAGGAUGCCGUUAGAGAUGGUCUUAGAGCUGUGGCCAACGUGUUAAAGGAUAGAAAUGUUGUCCCAGGUGCAGGUGCAUACUUUAUUGCUGCCGCAAAUCACUUGAAGAAAUGUAAUAUGACCAAAUUAGGUGCCAAGGGUAAGACUAAGACAGGUGUGGAAGCAUUUGCCGAAGCACUAUUGGUCAUUCCAAAGACUUUAGUAAAAAAUUCUGGUUACGAUGCUCUUGACGUUCUUGCAUUGUGUGAGGAUGAACUAGACGAUGCUGCAGAUUCUGAGGAACGUAGAUACGUGGGUGUUGAUCUAAAUAUCGGUGACACCUGUGAUCCAACCAUUGAAGGGAUCUGGGAUUCCUACCGUGUUAUCAGAAACGCUAUAAGUGGUGCUGCUGGUAUUGCCAGUAACCUCUUAUUAUGUGAUGAGUUACUAAGAGCCGGUAGAUCCACCUUGAAGGAGGCAGGACCACAAUAG